AUGCGAGAGUACUACUGUUACAAUUUCCAGAUUCGAUCUACCGAAAACGUGCUUCUGUUCGGUGGUAGACUGCUACAACAGUUUGUGGUAGAUGUUUACAUAAAAAUUGAGACGUCAAGCUUAGAAUUUUGUGAGAGAAACCAAGCUAAGAUACGGGCCGAAUUGUACCAAGGUCUUGUGGAUUGCGUCAAUGCUGGAGAGGUUCAUGCAAACAGAGUCGGGAAAAGAAUUGUGUUACCUGCAUCUUUCAUCAGAGGGCCUCGCGACAUGCGACGUCGGUUUCUAGAUGCGAUGACUUUAGUUCAAGAUGACGAAAAGCCUGAUAUAUUCCUUACAAUGACGUACCUUGUUUCAAGAGUGUUCCGGGCUAAAUUAGAAGAUCUUAAGGAACAACUCUUCAAGAAACAUAUCCUCGGGGAAGUUAAGGCAUACGUUUAUGUCAUAGAAUUUCAAAAGCGUGGUUUGCCGCACGCACAUUUUCUCCUUAUCAUGUACCAGCAACACAAGAUCAAUAACGCGGACCAUUAUGAUAAGGUUGUGUGUGCUGAAAUUCCUAACAAACAAAGACAUCCCAAAUUGCAUGAGAUGGUUGUCAAGCACAUGAUUCACGGUCCUUGCGGCAAUUUACGAUUAAGCAGUCCUUGUAUGCAGGGUGAUCCUAAAAUUUGUCGUUUUCACUAUCCUAGACAAUUUAGUGAACAGACAACACAAGGAGAAGAUGCGUAUCCGUUGUAUCGAAGGAGAGACACUGGGAUAGAAGUCGAUGUACGAGGAAAAACACUUGAUAAUAGAUGGGUGGUCCCAUAUAACCCAAGGCUUUUGAUGAUGUUUAACUGCCACAUCAAUGUUGAAGUUUGCUCAAGUAUAAAAUCUGUGAAAUAUCUUUUUAAAUAUGUUUAUAAAGGACAUGACAAACAGGUUAUUCAAGUUGAUCAAAGUGAGCCAGGGGUUGUUGUUAAUGAGAUAAAGAGCUUUCAAGAUGCACGCUAG